ACGUCAGAAAACGAUAACAAACAGACCGGAAUCCGAAGAUUUUUUUAUGUGGACAUCGAUUGAUGAAUUUUAAUUUAAAGUUUUAUGUGUCGGUUUAUUUGCAAAUAUUUUAUCCAUUCCUAUAAAUAAUGUACGCUGAGCAAGCUGGGCUUACAAACGAGUGAUUGAUACAAGAUGGGAUUUCUCGAGGACACGUUGAUAAUUCUGAUUUCGCAGGUAUGUUUCUUCAUCGGUGGUUGGAUAUUCUUUGUGAAGCAACUGUUCCGAAACUACGAAAUCCGGCAUGUUUUCGUGCAACUGGUAUUCUCGAUCACAUUCGCUCUGUCGCUGACGAUGUUCGAGCUGAUCAUCUUCGAGAUCAUUGGAUUUCUGGACUCCAGUUCCAGGUACUUCCACUGGAGGCUGGGGCUGACGUUGCUGCUGUUUAUGGUCAUUGCGUUGAUACCGUACGUGAUACUGUACUCUUCUAUUAACAACAUUCGAAUAGUGCCACAGAGAUGGGUGCAGCCGCUGAGUACUAUGCUAUGGUUUUGCUAUCUGUAUAUUUUCUGGAGGAUUGGAGAUCCAUUCCCACUGUUGAGUGUUAGCAAAGGGAUCUUUACGAUCGAGCAAGCCGUAUCCCGGAUAGGAGUGGUCGGCGUAACGGUUAUGGCCAUUCUUUCCGGGUUUGGUGCGGUAAACUAUCCGUAUACAAGCAUGUCAUAUUUCAUUCGGCCAGUGUCACAGAGCGAUGUGGCAAAUAUCGAACGGAGACUGAUGCAGACCAUGGACAUGAUCAUAGUGAAGAAGAAGCGUAUCGCUCUGGAUAAGAGGAGAACUAAACCGAACGCGAAACCCGGGAUAUGGGGUAUGAUCAGCAGCGUAACGCAGAGGCCACCGGGAGCAGAAAAUAUUGGACAAUUGAGAUUAGAAAUAUCAGCACUCGAAGAAUUGUCGAGGCAACUAUUCCUAGAAGCACAUUCUAUGAAAAAUAUGCAGGAGAGAGAACGAUGGGCUGGCACCUUGCAGGGAAAAUAUUUCAACGUUUUGGGUCAUUUUUUCAGCUUGUAUUGCUUGUGGAAAAUCUUUAUAUGCACAAUUAACAUCAUUUUUGAUCGCGUGGGCAAGAAAGAUCCUGUCACAAGAGGCAUAGAAAUCGCCGUCCAUUGGUGCGGAUUCGACAUGGACGUUGCCUUCUGGAGUCAACAUGUGUCUUUCAUUCUGGUUGGUUGCAUUGUCGUAACCUCCAUUCGCGGUCUACUGUUGACACUGACUAAGUUCUUCUACAAAAUAUCCUCAAGUAAGUCGUCCAACAUUAUCGUGCUCUUGUUGGCCCAACUCAUGGGAAUGUACUUCUGCUCGUCGGUUCUAUUGAUGCGAAUGAACAUGCCCGCCGAAUACCGUGUCAUCAUCACCGAAGUCCUAGGGGGCUUGCAUUUCAACUUCUACCACCGUUGGUUUGAUGUCAUCUUUCUGGUGAGUGCCCUAACGACCAUAGUGAUUCUCUACCUUCUUCACAAACCGCCAAAUGUCGAUACGAGUAUGUAGUUUUUAAGGAAGAAGUCAACCUGGACAAGCGAAUAUUGCUGCUGUAAAUCUUCAAAAAUGUUUAUAAGUUAUUGUAUUCAUUGCGGUUCCAUGCUUAUAGGAACUUAAUUAUAUUAAAUCAUAAUGAAACGUAAUGAAAGAAUGAAUGAGUAAUGAAACGCUAGCUUUUUGGCCAUCGCAGAGUGACGACAUUGAUUCCACUAACAGCCAAGAGCUGACGAGCACAGAUCUUUGCUAGUGAUCUCACUUUUCAGAACCGUACUGCAACUCGAACAACGCGAAAAUAAUGACAACACCGCAAAGGGUGUGAUUCGCAAUUGGGUGUAAAUAUUUUUCUAGGAUAAACAACACGUGAUAGGGAGACUUAUGUCGAGCUGAAAUAAAAUAACUGUCUAUACGAAUGCAAACAA